CACAGAGCAAAAUGCAAGAAAGGACAAUGCUAACUUAAAAAUGAGUCUCUGUGAGGGGAGAAAAGAGGAGGAGGAUGUUGUUCACUACCAGAACCAGAGAGCAUCAUCUCCAGAGCCCAGCUGUGUGUCUAUGAAGAGUGAGGAAUCCAUAGGGCAGCCUCCUAAUCUGUGUGAUGGAGUUGUGACCUUUAACCCUAGUUCUUGUUUCUGUUGUGUUGAUAGAGAUGAUCAGACUAGAGACCUGUUGCAAGAUUUUCAUGAACCAGCUGAUGGUAAACUAAAGAGAGUCAAAGACCAUCACAAAACCAGCAUGAAGAACAAGUAUGAGAGCUUAUUUGAGGGACUGAAACUCCAGGAGAAUGAAAGCCUCCUGAACAGGAUCUAUACACAGCUCUACAUCAUAGAGGGAGAGAGUGACGGAGUGAAUGAAGAACAUGAGGUUUUACAGAUGGAGAAAACAGCCAGAACACAACAUUCACAAUACACUCCAAUCUACUGCAAUGACAUCUUUAAAGCCUCAGCUGAAGCAGGAUCUGAGGAGAAAGAGCAGAUCAAGACUGUUCUUACUAAAGGCAUCGCUGGAAUCGGAAAAACCGUCUCUGUGCAGAAGUUCAUUCUGGACUGGGCCGAGGGAAAAGCCAAUCAGGAUGUAGAUUUCAUGUUUGUGCUUCCAUUUCGAGAGCUGAACUUGAUCCGAGAUCAUCAGUACAGUCUUCACAGACUUCUGCUGGACUUUCAUCCUGAACUUCAAGAUCUGGACUCACAGAUUUAUGAGGAGUGUAAAGUUGUGUUCAUCUUUGAUGGUCUGGAUGAAAGCAGAAUCACACUGAUGUUUUCAGACGCUCAGAAAGUGUGUGAUGUGACUGAGACUUCAUCAGUGGCUAAGCUCCUGGAAGAAGAUCUGAGUGCAGAAAUCCCUCAAACUCUGACUGAAAUGUACAUCCACUUCCUGCUGAUUCAGAUCAACAUGAGGAAACAGAAGUAUGAAGAGAGACAUCCAGAGAAACUCCUGCAGACCAACAGAGAAGUGAUUGUGAAACUUGCUGAAGUGGCUUUCAAACAGCUGAUGAAGGGCAAUGUGAUGUUCUAUGAGGAGGACCUGAUUGAGAGCGGCAUAGACCUCACUGAUGCCACAGUGUAUUCUGGGAUUUGCACUGAGAUCUUUAAGGAGGAAUCUGUGAUUCAUCAGAGGAAAGUCUACAGCUUCAUUCAUCUGAGCGUUCAGGAGUUUUUCGCUGCUUUCUAUCUGUUUUACUCAUAUGUAGUAAAGAACAAUGAAUUACUAAAAUUGUGGGCUGAAAAUUAUAAAUAUGAUCAUGACUGUGUAUAUAAUAAGCAGAUGUUUGAUGAAUUCUCUCUGUAUGGGUUACUAACAACAGCAGUUGAUCAAACUCUUCUGAGUGAAAAUGGGCACCUGGAUCUUUUUUUGAGGUUCCUGCUGGGUAUUUCAAUGGAGUCCAAUCAAAAACUCCUACAGGAUCUACUGACAAACACAGAAAACAGCUCAGAGACAAUCAGAGAAACCACACAGUACAUUAAAGAUGAAAUCAAGACAAAUGACAGUCUCUCCGCUGACAGAUCCAUCAAUCUGUUCCUCUGUCUGCUGGAAGUGAAAGAUCACACUCUGUACCAAGAGAUUCAGGAUUUUGUGAAAUCAGACAAACACUCAGAGAAUAAACUCUCUCCAGCUCACUGCUCAGCAAUAGCCUACAUGCUUCAGAUGUCAGAGGAGGUGCUGGAUGAGAUUGAUCUCAUGAAAUACAACACGUCAGAUGAGGGGAGAAGAAGACUGAUACCAGCUGUGAUCAACUGCAGAAAAGCUCUACUUGCUGGAUGUGGUCUCUCUGGUCAGCAUUGUGAAAGUUUGUCUUCAGCUCUCCAACCAUCAAACUCCUGUCUGAGAGAGAUUGACCUCAGUAACAAUGACUUGCGGGAUUCAGGAGUGAAGCUACUCUCUGCUGCACUAAAGAGUUCACACUGUCAACUGAACAUACUGAGACUUACUGGAUGUGGUCUCUCUGAUCGACACUUUGAAGGUUUGUCUUCAGCUCUACAAUCAUCAAAUUCCCGUCUGACAGAGCUGGAUCUGAGUAACAAUGAUAUGCAGGAUUCAGGAGUGAAGAUGCUUUCUGCUGGACUGAAGAGUUCACACUGUCAACUGAACAUUCUGAGAUUGGUCAUCUGUAAUCUCACUGGUAAGUGCUGUGAAAGUUUGUCUUCAGUUCUACAAUCAUCAAACUCUUGUCUGAGAGAGCUCGACCUCAGUAACAAUGACCUGCAAGAUUCCGGAGUAAAGCUGCUCUCUGCUGGACUGAAGAGUUCAUAUUGCCAACUAAACAUACUAAGGUUGUCUGGCUGUAUGGUGACAGAAGAAGGCUGUGGUUAUGUGUCUUCAGCUCUGAAUUCAAACCCCUCACACCUGAGAGAGCUGGAUCUGAGCUACAAUCACCCCGGAGAUUCAGGAGUCAAGCUGCUGUCUGAGAUACUCAGCCAUCCAAACUGCACACUAGACAAACUCAAUGUGGAUCAUGGAGGAGAAUUCAGGAUUACAGCAGGACUACACAAAUAUGCCUGUGAUCUCACACUGGAUCUAAACACAGCAAACAUUCAUCUCAUUGUGUCCGAGGAGAACAAAAAGGUGAUACAUGUGAAAGAGGAUCAGUUAUAUCCUGAUCAUCCAGAGAGGUUUGAUGAGUGUAGUCAGGUUCUGUGUCGAGAGAGUCUGUCUGGACGCUGUUACUGGGAGGCUGAAUGGAGUGGACAUGAUGCUGAUAUGUCCGUCACAUAUAAAGGUAUCCGCAGGAAUGGAGGGAGUGAUGAUUGUUGGUUUGGAUCCAAUAAAAAUUCUUGGAGUCUGAUCUGCUCCGAUUUUGGUUUUACUGUUCGUCACAAUAAGAAGUUCACUGUCAUACAUGUCCCUUUGCGCUCCUCUAAGAGAGUAGGAGUGUAUCUGGACUGGUCUGCUGGCACUCUGUCCUUCUACAGCAUCUCUGACACACUCACACACUUACACACAUUCAGCUCCACAUUCACUGAACCUCUCUAUGCUGGAUUUGUAGUUUGUGAGGGUUCCUCUGUAUCUCUGUGGUUGUCUGGCUGUAUGGUGACAGAGGAGGGAUGUUGUUAUGUGUCUUCAGCUCUGAGUUCAAACCCCUCACACCUGAGAGAGCUGGAUCUGAGCUACAAUCACCCCGGAGAUUCAGGAGUCAAGCUGCUCUCUGAGAUACUCAGCCAUCCAAACUGCACACUAGACAAACUCAAUGUGGAUCAUGGAGGAGAAUUCAGGAUUACAGCAGGACUACACAAAUAUGCCUGUGAUCUCACACUGGAUCUAAACACAGCAAACAUUCAUCUCAUUGUGUCCGAGGAGAACAAAAAGGUGAUACAUGUGAAAGAGGAUCAGUUAUAUCCUGAUCAUCCAGAGAGGUUUGAUGAGUGUAGUCAGGUUCUGUGUCGAGAGAGUCUGUCUGGACGCUGUUACUGGGAGGCUGAAUGGAGUGGACAUGAUGCUGAUAUGUCCGUCACAUAUAAAGGUAUCCGCAGGAAUGGAGGGAGUGAUGAUUGUUGGUUUGGAUCCAAUAACAAUUCUUGGAGUCUGAUCUGCUCUGAUUUUGGUUUUACUGUUCGUCACAAUAAGAAGUUCACUGUCAUACAUGUCCCUUUGCGCUCCUCUAAGAGAGUAGGAGUGUAUCUGGACUGGUCUGCCGGCACUCUGUCCUUCUACAGCAUCUCUGACACUCUCACACACUUACACACAUUCAGCUCCACAUUCACUGAACCUCUCUAUGCUGGAUUUGUAGUUUGUGAGGGUUCCUCGGUAUCUCUGUGACAUCCUGUGAAAAGCCUGUGAGCAACAAAAGACACACACACACACACACACACACACACACCUGACUAAAAAGAAAUCCUCUCACUUUAUAUAUUUGUCCUGUCAGUUACCCAGCAUUUUUUGCAUUUACAAGAUCUCUGGCUGGGUUUGUGUACAUUUACUCUCAAGAGAUUUUGCAAUUAUGUGAAACAUAUGUGGUGAUUUGUUCUUUGCUAGUUAGGUCCAGAAUUAUGUGAAAUAUUACAUGUUUUGUAUGUGCUCUCAUUAGGGCCUUUCGC